CCUCAAGUUGCCACCGGUCGAAGGCUAGUUCUUUCAUAAUCAAACCCAUCCUUUCUACCCUUCAAUCUAGACUCUUUCAAGGCCUUGUCCAGGUCUAGUUUGCGCGGUAUUCCAGCAAAGGUGCGCGACCCGCUUCCGCAAGGCCGAGGAUUGGUAGUGCGACAGGCCAUCAGCUUUGCACAUAGUCUGUAUGGACCGCUCGCCAACAUGAGUGAGGAAACUACGGAGCACGAGACUUUCCAGUCGGAAGAGUUCGACUGGCCGGCCCAAACAUACACCUCGAUCAUGCACGAACUCAAUAUUCCUGAGGAAGCACAUAGCAGUGCAAGCAGCACACCCGUCAAUGCGCCCAUAUCAGCAUCAUGCUUCAUGACCAGGUACGAGAUGAAAAGGAUAGCCGCUCGCGAAUCUAUCUCUCUAGAAGUCGAUUUACGAGAUCUGGACUUUGUGGAGCCGCCGAACGAAUCGCUGGUGUGUACCAUAUGUGCUGCUCCGUUCGUCAAGCCCAUGGAGCUCGGAUGCGAGCAUACUUUCUGUGAAGAUUGUAUAUACGGACACCUUUCCUGUGGUAUACCAAACGCUUCGUUAUGUCCGAAAUGCCGACAACCCGUGGAAACUCUGAAGCCGGUCCCAAGGCUUCUAAACCAGCUUCUGGACGAGCUCGAGGUCGAGUGCCCAAACAGAUACGAAGGCUGUCUACAACGGCUCAAGCGAUAUACAGUGAAUGAUCAUGUCAGCAAGUAUUGCGAGUAUGAGGAACUUCGAUGCCCCAAGUCGAAUUGUGGGGGCAGCAUUCAACGGCGCUUUUACGACAAGGGCUGUCUCCACACGCAUAUAGAGUGUGACGUGUGCAGCGACCUUGUCAUGGAAAAAGACAUUGCGGAUCAUGAAGAAAACAAGUGCCCCGCCGCACUAGUCAACUGCGACUGCUGUCACGCCCAGCUGCGACGUGGGCGAGUGAAGACCCAUUUAGAGGUGGACUGCCCGAUGACGACGAUCAAAUGCGUUGGGCACGUAGUUGGAUGCAAGUUUGAGGAUCGAAGAAUGGUGAUGGACGAACACAUCGCGUCAUGUCCGAUGGCGACCAUGUCGUCGUACUUUGCGGAGAUGAACGAGAGACAGCAAACGCUUCAAGAAGAGAACAAACGGCUGCGUUGCCAGGUUGACUCUCUAAACGCCAAACUUGAGGCUCUCGAAGGCAAAUAUACGAAGCUCGCAGAGAGCAUCAAGAAGGAGCGGCACCGUUCUAUGAAUACUGAGACGUCCGCCGUCUCGGCGAACCGCAUUGACGAGCUUCAUGCCAGACUGAAUGACUUGACUGCAGAUUACAACACGCGUCUCGACAACGCGACUAGUGAAGCUGCUCGGUUGCACAUGGAAAUGAUGAAUUACGUUCAGCAGAACGGCCAGCGGUUUUACACGGUCAACGGUACGAUCACGGCGCUGCGUUCUCAAAUAAACCAUCUGCUGUCGAUGACUAGGCUCGGCGGCAAUGGUGGAACGAGCGGGAAUGGGAGCUUGACAUCGGGAGGGAGCGAUGGUGGAGGAGUGAGUCUCGAAACGACGAGGAGAGAGCCUCCAAAGCUUUGAAAAACAAACAUUGACCAAGUGCUGCUUCAGCAGCCACUGUAUGAUUCCCCUUCACGCAGAGAUCCAAGUUAACGAGAUUCGGCGUUUGUUGCCUCUCUCA